AUGAUGGACCAAAAUUCGCCUCUCCAGGCCCUUGUAGGCUCCUCAUAUCCAGUCAAAGUCAACUCCAACUUCGCCUCCAAAGACCAAAAAUCAGACUCUUAUAUCUCUCUAAGGUAUAACCUUCGAUCGGAUCUCUUGGAUGAUUCCCAUGCUUUGAAAAUGACCCGCUCAUCUUCCGCAUCCUACAUUGUCGAAGAUAUCUCCCCACCAUCUACUUCAUCUUCAUCCUCUUCAUCCUCUUCAUCCUCUUCAUCAUCCAAGUCAAACAAUAAUAAAAAACAACCAAAUAGAGCAUUCAAAGCUCAACCUGCUCACGUACAUGAACAAGAAUGUGUCCUAUUAUUUGACCCAGCAACUCAAUCCUUCACUGUCCACCAGCUAUCUGCAGUCUUGCGGUUAUCAGUCUCGCGAGAUUCUAAGGAAACUCUACCAGAAGAACCUACACCCGUUGUUGUUCCACAACAAAUUAUUCUGGAUCAACCCCCAGUAGAAACUACUCCUCUCACAACAGAAUCCAAAAAAAAGCCACGAGAAACUACAAAAAAGAAAAAAACUCCUGCUACAAAGGACAAAAAAUCAAAAUCAAAGUCAAAAUCGAAAUCAAAAUCAACGGAAACAAACGAACAACAAUUACAAAAAUCAGAACCCGGCCUGCCACAUCUCGUGCUUCCAGAUACCCAGCCUACAACAGUUACUCCUACAGCCCCCCGUUUACCAUCUCCCUCUUCUCUUUCUUCAACUUCUCCUAAUUUAAAUACCCCUAAACCCACUACCAAUACACUUCCACCAUCUGCCCAGGUAAUCCAUAUUCCAGAUGACGAUGACGAGAGUGACAUUGAGGGACUUGACGAGCUCGCAAACGCUCUAGAAGAUUCACUGGAAGAAGACUCAGAUACUGAGCCUCGUCUUGCACCUUCUGCAGAAUCUGUUCUUGCACCUGCACCUGCACCUGCACCUGUUUCUGUUUCUGUUUCUUCUUCUUCUUCUUCAUCUGCACCACCUCUCGCUCCAACUUCAAGUAUGGACCAUGGGUCUGACGAUGAUGACGAUGAUGACGAUACAUUGGGACGCCAGAGUGUCCAAUUAGGAAGAAUAAACGAUGAUGACGACGAGGAAAUGCCUUCGGCUGUUACCAUUGUUGAAACAGCAAGCACACCACCCGUGGCUCCAGCACGCCAUGCACUUGACGGAGUACAACGCGCAUACUCCUCUGGCCCAAUCUCACUCAAGGGCUUUUUGUCAUCGAACCGUGCGCGGAUACAAGAAGAAGAGCUGUUGUCGAGUUCGGAUGAAGAGUAG